CAUGUAACGAGUGGUGCGUUGAGUGAGUGUUGUGUUCACACGUGUAGUCAUUGCAGGCAUUCAUUCAUAGCUUGUGUUUACCACUCAUUCACGAAAAAAUCCGCUUUUAUUGCCAUUUGUGGUGACAUUCAAGUGAAUCGGCAGUUGUGGUGCGAGCAGUGUCUUAAGUGUCUUAAGUGGUCAUCACUUCGGGUGACAAUAAUAAUGGGAAUUCUCGAGAGAAUCGCCGAAAUCGAGAGAGAGAUCUCUCGCACGCAGAAGAAUAAAGCCACUGAAUACCAUUUGGGGGUCUUGAAGGCCAAGUUAGCCAGAUAUAGGGCACAACUGUUGGAACCGACCACCAAAUCGUCGGCCAAAGGCGAAGGUUUCGAUGUGAUGAAAAGCGGUGACGCGAGGGUCGCCCUCAUAGGGUUCCCAUCGGUCGGAAAGUCGACUCUCUUGAAUACAGUGACCGACACUCACAGCGAGUCGGCGUCCUAUGAGUUCACGACAUUAACGUGUAUUCCGGGAGUCAUUCACUAUAAGGGGGCAAACAUUCAGUUACUUGAUUUGCCCGGAAUUAUAGAGGGGGCCGCACAUGGUAAGGGUAGGGGUCGACAGGUGAUAGCAGUGGCGCGAACCUCCGAUUUGGUGAUCAUUAUGUUAGACGCGACCAAAAGCGAAGUCCAGAGAUCGCUGUUGGAGAAGGAGUUGGAAACGGUUGGCAUUCGGCUCAAUAAGAAGCCGCCGAACCUCUACUUUAAGGAGAAGAAGACGGGCGGCAUAUCAUUCAACGCCACGUGUCCUCUCACUAAAUGCGAUGAAAAGUUGGUUCAAAUGGUUUUACACGAAUACAAGAUAUUCAACGCCGAGAUUCUGUUCCGUGAAGACUGUUCGGCCGAUGACUUAAUCGAUGUGGUGGUCAAGAAUAGGGUGUAUUUGCCGUGUCUUUACAUUUACAAUAAGAUCGAUCAGAUCUCGAUGGAAGAGGUGGACCGGUUGGCCCGACAGCCGCACACAGUAGUCGUCAGUUGUAAUAUGAAACUUAAUUUAGACGCUAUGCUCGACAAGAUUUGGGAACAUUUGGCACUCAUUCAGGUCUACACUAAAAAGAGAGGCCAACCGCCUGAUUUCGAAGACGGCCUUAUUUUGAGAAGGAGUUCCACUGUAGAGCACGUCUGUCACACAAUUCAUAGGACUAUUGCCGAUACCUUUAAGUAUGCAUUGGUUUGGGGAACGAGUACUAAAUAUAGUCCACAAAGGGUUGGUCUGAAUCACGUCGUCCACCACGAAGAUGUCGUCCAAAUAAUUAAGAAAUGAUUUUUAUAUUCAUUUUAUAAUACAAUUAUUAUAAAGAAAAUUAUUAUCAAUUAUAAACACGUUUUUAAUUUAAAUAAAUGUUCAGAUCGUUUCUAUUUAUAAAUAA